AUGACUUUAAUGCUCAAAAAUUUAUCAACUCCAGUAAUUGAUUAUUCACCAGAUAAUUUACAAUGGUAUCAACGAGAUCCAGAUAGAGGGACUCAAUGUGGAUUAAAAUGGGCAUUUAUUAAUAAUACUAACGGAAUUGAUGAAGAAAAGGAAUUAAAAGAUUUAAUCCAAUUAAAUGGAUUACAUAGAUUAAUUAAUACAUUUAAUGGAAUUAGUCCUGGACCAACAAUAGUUGUCCCCCUUGGAGCAGAAGUUGUUAUUCGUAUAAAAAACAGAAUGCAUUCAAAAUCGUUUACUGUUCAUGUACAUGGUGUUGAUAAAAUUAAUCGUUGGUGGACAGACGGCGUUCCCUUUAUACAGCAAUGCCCAAUUUCUUCAAAUACUGAUUAUUCUUACAGAUUUAUUGCUGAUACUCCUGGCACACAUUGGUAUCAUGAUCCUUCACAACUUUAUUUAGACAGACUACAUUGGAGACGUAAAUGGAUUGGACAUUCAUUAGAUAAUGAGAAAGAAUUGCCAGAUGGAACUGGUUGUGAAAGAGUUGAAAGAACGUUUGAUGGAACCCUUUCAAGAGAAAUACCUGUUUCUGCAAUAAUUAUUGGAAGUAAAGGAUGGCAUAAUCAAACAGAUAUUAUUAAUAGACCAUCUAGAUUACCUUUAACUACUUUUGGUAUUGAAAUAGGUAAAUAACUAUGAAAAUACAAGGGAAAAUAAGAUAUCAAUAAUGCUAAGACAAAUAAACUGAGAAACGGAAAUGAACAAAAAUACGAAAAAAUUUUAAUAAAAAUGUGGCAAAAUAUGGUGAAGAAAGCUAUGCAUUUAGAACUAACAAAAAAUAUAAAAUAAUA